AUGCUGAACGGGCCCGCGCUCUUUGGAUCGAGAGCCCUCGCAAGGAGCCCGAGGACCCGCCCCGUGUCGUUCAGGACGUAUGCCACCUCGAGCAACCUCAACCCGACUCGACCUCAGGCCCGCGUCAAGGCCGAACUGCCCAACGUUCCUAACCGAAAACCCGUCUUCAUCCUGGCGGCGCUGAUCGCUCUGGGGUCAUGGUCCGCGUUUGCGUCGUUUGCCACCAACAAGGAGAGGCUGAGCUCCUCCGUGUUCAAGUCGGCGCUGGUACAGCUCAAGGACUCGGCCGAGGUGCAGCGGGCGCUGGGCGAUCCCAUCAUGCUCGUGCCCAGCACUUUUGGCGACCCCUGGGUCUCGGGUUCGGUCAACAUGAUGCAGGGGAGGGUCGACAUGAGUUUCAGGCUGCAGGGCCCGAAAGACAAGGGAACGGCCUACUUCACGUCGAUCCGACGCGACCAGAGCAAGUCGUUUGAGGUGAUCCGCUUCCUCGUUGUGACUGACAGCGGCGAGACGGUCCCGCUGCUCUCGCCGUCGGGCGCGAGCCACGACUCUGACGGCGAGAUUGAGAGCAACGUUGCGUCGCCGUAG